UCCAAAGAAGAAGAUCAUAAAGCUCAAGCUAUCAAAAAAGCCUUAGAACAACGGUGUAAUAACUUUCGCGAUAAUCAGACAAAAAUGUAUGAUUCACUUCUUAAUAGAGAAAGGCAUGUUAUAGUAUUAGAUAGAU